GGGAGCGGCAGCUGGCGCGGCAUUAGCAGCGGCGGUAGUCGCUAGAGCGGCAGCGGUAGCAGUCGUACCCAGUUGUUUACCGGUGCUGAUGGUGCAGUGGUCAGUGGACUCCGCUGCGUCGGCUGUGGCUGUCAGACCCGCUCGCCUGGAAUACGUUAAAGCCAAAAAAAGGUUCUUUGAGAGGUUUCUCUGAUACAAACGUACAGGAACCUGUCGUGUCCACAGCCAAAAGAGCCAAGGUCCUGUUCUGUCUGACACAACAACGCCAUGGCUGACAGUGAGGAAUCCACCAAGACGAAUGGGGUAACCAGUCAAUCUUCCCGCCUUCUAGAGCCACCCAAAGAGACCAUGCAGCUGAAGAAGGAAAUUUCACUGUUGAACGGAGUCAGUCUGAUCGUGGGAAACAUGAUUGGCUCCGGCAUCUUCGUCUCCCCCAAGGGCGUGCUCAUCUACAGCGCCUCUUAUGGACUGUCGCUGGUCAUCUGGGUUAUUGGAGGCCUGUUCUCUGUGGUGGGAGCCCUCUGCUAUGCCGAGCUGGGCACCACCAUCACCAAAUCGGGGGCGUCAUAUGCAUACAUCCUGGAGUCGUUUGGAGAAUUCCUGGCGUUUAUUCGCCUGUGGACGUCUCUGUUGAUUAUCGAGCCCACCAGUCAGGCUGUCAUAGCCAUCACGUUUGCUAACUACCUGGUGCAGCCGCUUUUCCCGACAUGUGAACCGCCAUAUCUAGCGUCCAGACUCAUUGCCGCAGCAUGUGUGUGUUUACUGACAUUCAUCAACUCUGCCUAUGUGAAGUGGGGCACCCGGGUACAGGAUAUUUUCACCUAUGCUAAGGUGGCAGCCCUCAUUGUCAUCAUCACCACUGGCAUCAUCAAGCUGUGCCAGGGUUACACAAACAACUUUGAAUCCUCCUUUCAGGGAUCGUCUACAGAUCCCGGUAACAUUGCACUGGCGCUCUACUCUGCUCUCUUCUCUUACUCUGGCUGGGACACGCUCAACUUUGUUACUGAGGAGAUCAAAAACCCUCAAAGGAAUCUGCCCUUAGCGAUCGCCAUCUCCAUGCCCAUUGUCACUAUCAUCUACAUCCUCACCAAUGUGGCCUACUAUGCUGUUUUGGAUAUGAGUGCUAUACUGGCCAGUGACGCAGUGGCAGUGACAUUUGCAGAUCACACUCUGGGUGUGAUGAGCUGGACCAUCCCUAUUGCUGUGGCUCUGUCCUGCUAUGGGGGCCUCAACUCUUCCAUUAUCACAGCAUCAAGGUUGUUCUUUGUGGGUUCCCGUGAGGGUCACCUUCCAAGCGCUCUGUCCAUGAUCCACAUACAGAGAUUCACUCCGAUCCCUGCUCUCAUCUUUAAUUGUAUCAUGUCUCUGGUCUACCUGACAGUGAAUGACGUCUUCCAGCUCAUCAACUACUAUAGCUUCAGCUACUGGUUCUUCAUGGGUCUGUCCACUGCCGGCCAACUGUAUUUGCGCUGGAAGGAGCCCGACAGACCCAGGCCUCUCAAGCUGUCGUUAGUGUACCCAGUGGUGUUCUGUCUUUGUGCUGUUUUCCUGGUGGCGGUGCCUCUCUACAGUGACACAGUCAACUCUCUGAUCGGCAUUUCCAUCGCCCUGUCUGGCGUUCCCGUCUUCUUCUUGGGCAUCUAUCUACCGGAGUCCAAGCGACCACCUAUCAUCACCAAGCUGCUGCGUUGUCUGACUUACCUCACCCAGUACACCUGCUACAGUGUUCUGUCAGAAAUGGACAAAAGUGAAUAGCGCCUCGUACGUUUCGAAAACUUUUCCCAGAAGUCUCUUCAGCCUCAGAGCUCACAUUCAUCAGGGGACCAGAAGAAAAGAGGAUUUAUGAAUACCGUUUACUUUUGUUGAACUGCACACCACACUCAGGCUGUCGGACCUCACCGUCUUGUUUACACUGACAAUGCUGCCACAGAUGCACACGUUCACUUACAGAUUUAUCCUGACAUUUAAUGGAAUUUAAUGCAAAGGAUGUCAGCCUGCAGUAGAGACAAACAAAACUGUUUAAUAUCUUUGUCACAUUAUUUAAAGGUGCAAUAUGCAACAUUUAAGUGAGGUUGUUCGUCGUGAUAACAAGUUCAUUAAUUCAGUAAUAGGUUAUAUAAACUGGGUUGAAAAUGCAAGCUAUGCAAACUACAACACUAUUAUUCUUUUUGUUGCUUUCUUGGGGGUUAGUUUCCGUUACUGCGGCAUAUUUUUUACGACAGUUGGAACACACAAUAGGACCCUGAGAGCAAAUCCCACUUUGUGACACUGUUAAUCUUACAUUUUCUGAAAGCUCAGGAGUUCAGGACGUCCUGUAUGGUGUUUUUCUUGUUUUCCACUUCAUGAGAUCCACUUCACUGAAAAAUGUAUGUCAGUCUGCUGCUCUGUAAAGAUGUUUACUCAUCAUUCUAACACCAACAAUUUUUAUGUACUUUUAGUGCCUUUUUCUUUACAUUUAUACUACUGUGGCUACAUCCUUAGAAUAUUGCUUUCCCCCCUAAUUUAGCGUAUUUAAUCAUUUUAAAUUUUUCAACUGCAAGGUUAAAAACCAAUUGACUCAAAUUCUCCUCAGUGUCAAAUGUGCUGCAUUUCAUACUCAGGUCAAGACAGUAUUAUGUCAUCUUGUCAAAUGUUUUAAAUGUUGAAGUUUACUUUUGUUUCUUUAUCCUUGGUUUUGUGUAAGCUGUGCUUCAAACAUACUAUACCUGAACCUCUAUCUUGUUGUUUAAACUGUGCCUUUAGGUUUCAAUCAAGUGCUGUUAUUUGAGAUCACACUUUAGCACCGAUAAGUUUAAGCAAUGCUUUAUAGUUGUAUAAUAGAAGGGAGUAAAGCUUUCACAUACAAUAAUAUAAACCCCCAGCAUUACAUCAGAAUCAGUCAAAACUAUUUAAAUCAAAGCCGACAUUUCUGAGAAGAUACUUCUGACAAAGUUAUGUUUUCAGCUCUCACUGUCAAGGCAUUGUCUCAGGAACAUGACUCAGCCAGACAGCUCAUAAGAUCACAGUAAAAAGUGAGGUUCAUUCACCUCUUCUAAGAUCAAAUUGAAGCAUUCAUGGAGUGGACAUGGAGUGCUUCACACCAUGUCCACUCCAUGAAUGCUUUUUCAAGCUGCUCCUUACAGCUGUUGUGAAUUUCACAUUUAUAAGCAUAAAGUACAUAACACUCAAUUUCCUUUUUAAACCAACAAUUGUUUUGUAACAGAAUCUGUAAACUAUUUUUCAAACUGUCACCGGUCUGUAAAUAGUCCUAGGAAGAACAGUUUCCAUUCAUUUAUCUUAUAAGCGACUCAAACAGUAGUGAAAUAAAGUUACAAAUUCAAGUACUUUCCAAACCUUAAACUACUUGAAUUAAAAAUUUUAAAUUCAAGCGCAAUGAUUUGCAGAACCUGUACAAACCCUGCAAGUAUUGUUUACUUCACCCUUUGUCAAGUAGUGAAUGACUGGACUUUGAUGACAGGGGAACCUCUCAAAAGAUGACUUUGGAUUCAUCUUAAUUAUAUGGUCCAUCAAUAAAUUCUUCAACCAGUUUGUCUCCACCACACUGGAAAAAGAAAAU